AUGCCAGAAACAAGCGCGGGUGUGGAUACUGGAUGCGAGGUGGAAUCUUUCGGUGCGAUGAACCUCGCUAAAAAGGGACGCAUUUGCGAAUAUCGACCGAUGCACAAGCUCAUCCGGAUCCCCAGCUUGGUCAACAUUGACACCUGGGACUACGAUAUGGACUCUUCAGUCCCCAACAUGCUGCGUUUUGCUCCAGUACACGCCACCUUCGUGGAAGAAAUAUCUAUAACAGACCAUGUCUAA